CCCGUAUAUGUAUUUUUGAAAUUUAAAAAUCGCGUGACGGCGCAUUCUCGUCCCAUCGACAAAUGUUCCCAACGAGGGUUCAACACUGCAGUUAUCUAUGUGCUUCUCCGGACGAUUCCUACACACCGAUUUGUCCUAGUUUGCAGAUGACGUUAUUCGCCCGUCGAUUUUCGGUACUGUGAUUAUACCUGAAAUCAGUGCGAAUUGUUUUAACGCCGCAGUUUCGACGCUGUUUGUGUGAAUUUCUGUGACCGUUUCUAGGACUCUUGAUACCAAGACGUAAUAACUUGUAAUACGUUUUGUUUAUUUUAUUUAUUUAUUUUUUAUAUUCAAUCUUUGGUGCAGUUUAAAGAUAAUUUGUAUCGGAAAAUAGGGGAGAAAACGAAUUUUGCACGCCCUUCGGCAUUCUUGCCGCAGCCGUCGCCGCUGCCGCUGCUGCCGUUUCUUCUGAUUCUUCUCUUGCUCUCUGCUGGGGAUAAAUCCGGUCGUUUAACCGCAGAUUUCAUUCGGUUAACGCAAAGCUAGUCGAGACAUGGAUUGGAUCCUAGGGAUUAUCCUCGUCGCGGCAAUCAUCCUCUCCGUUCCAUCCAAAAUCGAGGCUCUGAGAAUGAUGGAGCUACUGAUACCGAAGCACGUUGUGCGGGGGCAAAACGUUAAACUCGAGUGCAACUUUGAGCUGGACAAGGAAACGCUUUAUUCGGUAAAAUGGUACAAAGAUGGUAACGAGUUUUACCGAUACGUCCCGAAGGAAAUGCCGCCCGUUAUCAACUUCUUACUGCCCGGCGUAACGGUCGACAUUCACAAUUCCACCGAAAGAUCGGUCGUACUCCAAAAGGUCACGCUGAUGAGCUCGGGUCGGUACAGAUGCGAAGUUUCCGCGGAAGCUCCCUCGUUCACAACAGUUUCCGAUCACGCGGACAUGUUGGUUAUCGCUCUACCAGAAGAAGGACCAGUGAUUACAGGAAGGCCUGGACGGCAACGAUUCCGAGUCGGAGACGUUGUCCGUUUCAAUUGCACUUCGUCGAAAUCAAAGCCGCCAGCAAUAUUGAGUUGGUUUAUUAACGGAGAGCCGGUCAAAGCUCAAUACCUGAGAGGCCCGCACAUUACGGGAGUUGAUCACGAGGGGUUGGAAACCCCAGUUUUGGGUCUGGAGUUUCGUUUGCAGACGAAUCACUUCAAGCGUGGCGACAUGAAGAUUAAAUGUCUCGCGACGAUAGCUACCGUGUACUGGAAAUCGAACGAGCAGAGCAUCGAGGGUGAUAAACCGGUCAAAGCACCGGCCAUGGAAAGUCGCGAGACCAGAGCCCAAGGGCACACUCAUGCCGAGCACAUAUUGGCGAGCAGUGGUCGAACGACUAUCGAAUCUUGUCUGGUACUCGUGACAGCAGCGUUAAUUUUACUGCGAUAAAAAGAUACCUUGAACACACACACACAUGCAUACGCCUGCCUCUUCCAAAAAAGCAGCUCAUCAUUUUCGACUUCGUUUGACGAAUUUUCUUCACGACGAAGACGGAGAAAAGAUAAGGAAAGCAAACCAUAGAGACAUAUCUCUAUGAAGCAAACGCGCAUUAUUAUAUUAUACAUACUUACAUAUGUAUAUUGGAAAAGUAAUAAUUAUGUCAUUGAUAUUUUUUUAUAUAUUAUUAUUAUCACGAUUACUAUUAUCACUAUUGUUAUUAUUAUUUCUUUUUUUAUUAUUAUAAAAAAUAUCUCAAUAGAAUAUCGUAUAUUAUAUGAUGCAUAUUUGUAAUACUUUUUAUAUGUAAAUAUACAUAUAGAGAUACAUAUUAUAUAUAUAUUAUAUAUAUAUACACAUAUAUGUAUAAUAUACAAUAACGUAUGCGAAAAUAGUUAUCAGGGCCUAAUCAUUUAGGUAUAUCGAUUAUAUAUUUAACGUACUGGAGUUGUUGCAUUGCUAUAUUCGUAAUAAUUGCAUUGUUUAGAUAAUUUUUAUUGUGUAGAUUCACAAGAAGGAACUCGCGUUUUUCACGAACAGGAAUUCGGAAAAAUCUAAGGAAUAAAGAAAAAAAUGAACUAAUCGGGCAGUCUAUUUAUUGACUUGUUUGAAAAGAACGUGAAUGGUAUAAAGAAUUUUACGCUUCUGUUCUAUAACAUAACAAUGAAAUGACUCCACUGCAACUAUUGCCGUCACAUCAGACGUGAUAAAGAGUUUAGGUACGAAUAUUUCGCAUAAACUUAUAUGUAAACUUUGUUUUAAUCAUUUUUAAAAGUCUUUCUACUGAACAGAGUCUGCAAUUUCUUAUUGCAUGAUAUGAGAAUUUUCGGGUUGCGAUAUGUACGUAGCAGUAAAUUCUUUUACUUUGAAGUAAGAACGAUUUCUACUAUCAAUUCACUAUUUCAAAUUUUAUAACUGAUCUUGGUAGAAAGAGAAUAUAUUUUUAGUAUAUCGUAUAAAAAAUGAUUAAUGUUCGCAAACACUGUCCAUAAAAAAUGGCUUAUUAUUAUUUUUUAGAUAUUGUAAAACUCUACAUAUACGGGUGGUGGAAAUUAAUGACGAUGACUUCUUUUUUUCGGUUGUCCCCGAUCACUUGUCAUUCAUCAAGGAUAGUUUGCUUAUUGGUUAUUGUAUACUUCUCAAAGACUAUAUUUUGAUUUUUAAUAACUUCUGUAUAGCCUUUACUAAUCUAGUCGGUACUUAGUAAUCAUCAAAUAAUAUUGUAUUACAUUGAUAUUCUAAAGAAGAAAAC